UGCAAAAGGGCUAUCGUCAGUGUGUCGUCUCAUAUGAUCUAUUAAACAUGAUCUUCGUGAAAAUCUUUUGGAGCAAAUUUCACAUGCAAAAGGUUUCUCACCAGUGUGUCCUCUCAUAUGAUCUGUUAAACUGGAUUUAUGUGAAAAACUUUUGGAGCAAAUUUCACAUGAAAAAGAGCUAUCAUCAGUGUGUCCUCUCAUAUGUUCUGUUAAAAUGGAUAUAUGUGAAAAACUUUUGGAGCAAAUUUCACAUGCAAAAGGUUUAUCCGCAGUGUGUACUUCCAUAUGUUCUGUUAAACGAGAUCUUCGUGAAAAUCUUUUGGAGCAAAUUUCACAUGCAAAAGGUUUCUCACCAGUGUGUCCUCUCAUAUGAACUGUUAAACUGGAUCUCUGCAAAAAACUUUUGGAGCAAAUUUCACAUGCAAAAGUUUUAUCGCCAGUGUGUAUAUUUAUAUGUCCUCUUAAACAAGAUCUUCGUGAAAAUCUUUUGGAGCAAAUUUCACAUGCAAAAGGUUUCUCACCAGUGUGCUUUCUCAUAUGAUCUAUUAAACUGGAUCUAUGUGAAAAACUUUUGGAGCAAAUUUCACAUACAAAAGGUUUCUCACCAGUGUGUCCUCUCAUAUGAUCUGUUAAACUGGAUCUAUGUGAAAAACUUAUUGAGCAAAUUUCACACGCAAAAGGUUUAUCGCCAGUGUGUAUUCUCACAUGUUCUGUUAAAUUGGAUCUUUUUGAAAAACUCUUGGAGCAAAUUUCACAUGAAAAAGUAUUUUCUCCACUAGGUACUGUUAAAACUCUCUCUCUAUUAAACUCUUUAGAACAAAUUUCACACGUUAAAUGUUUUUUUCCUGUAGCGUGACUGUUUACACUUGAUUUUAAAUCAGAAUUUUCUGAAAAAGUUUUGAUGCAUAUUGUACACGUGAAAAUUUGCGCUCCAAUGUAAACACUCGAAUCUGUUUUUAAAUGAUUAUUUGUUGAAAAUUGUUUGGCGCAAAUUUCAGUGGAAAAAUAGUUUUUCUCAGUGUUCACAUUUGUUGAGGCAGUUAAACAUUGGUCCAAACUGUCAUUAAUUCUAACAUGGUCUUUGCAUAAUUGGAUUGCAUCAGUUUGUAUAUCUUCAUGGGGAAAACCUUUAUCACUUGUUUCUUUGUCUUCAAAUGGUAUGAAUUUAUCUUCAUAUGUUUCUUUUUCUGUCUUUGUAGGGUUCUCCUUUAAUACUAAAUAAUCAAACCCAUCAUUUGUAGUUUCCCUCUUGGGCUCCUCGUUAAUCUCAACUUUAAGGGUAUCAAAAAGGGCACCUCCCUCACUGUCUAUUUCUUCUUUACAUGUGUAUUCAUUAACUUCUUGUUUUACUUCCAU